UCAGCAACGUCCUCUCUCUCUGUCUCUGUCUCUGUCUCUCUCAUUAUCACUCUCUCACUCUCUCUGUUUUGGUGUCCAUCUUCGUAACAUUCCACUGUGAGUCUUGUUUGAAUUUUCUCUCUUUAAUUUUGGAGAUGGAAAUCUUGCCCUUGAAUGCUCUGCCGAUAGGGUACCGAUUUAGUCCGACGGACGAAGAACUCAUCAAUCAUUUCUUACGCUCCAAGAUCAAUGGCGAUGAAGAGGCUGUCAGGCAUAUUCGUGUUGUUGAUCUCUGUAAUUUGGAACCCUGGGAUUUGCCUGGUAUGUCUCUGAUAGAGACGAAUGAUAAUAAGUGGAUCUUCUUCUGUCCCAAAAAUUUUGAGCAUAGGAGCCGAAAGAGAAUGAACAGAGCGACUAGGGCUGGGUACUGGAAAGUGACGGGCAGGAAUAGAUUGAUCAAGUCUGUUGAUGGAACGAGUGAGAUUGGCGAGAAGAAGACUUUGGUGUUCUAUACUGGGCGUUCUGGUAAAGGGCCGAAGAAGACUAACUGGGUGAUACAUGAGUACUGUGCAUCCAGUGAUGUGCUUGACGGCACUAAUCCAGGGCAGGGUUCAUAUGUCCUGUUUAAGUUAAUCAAGAAGAAGCUAGACAUAAUGCAGAGUGAGAGCACUGAAGGUUCAAACAGAACUACUCUUGAUACUUCUUUACCUAUUGAGAUCCGUGUUGCUGAUAAUGUAGGAGAUAAAUCAAUUGUCCAAGAUAAGAUCCCUGAAGGUUCAAACCGAACAACUCUUGAUACUCCUUUACCUAUUGAGAACUGUCUUGCUGAUAAUGCAGGAGAUAAAUCGAUUUUCCAAGAUAAGAUCACCGAAGGUUCAAACGGAACAACUCUUGAUAGUCCUUUACCUAUUGAGAACUGUGUUGCUGAUAAUGCAGGAGAUAAAUCGAUUUUCCAACCGGAUCUUGAUCCAGAUUUGUUGAGACAUCUUGUUGACCCAAGUCUGGAACCACUAGAUUUCCUUGACAAAAUUCAAUCCCCAUCGCACUCGUUAAAUUUGCUCCAUGUUGGUCCUGACCCCAAUGGGGUGUUGACUGAGCACUUGGCUUCAGUCGUAGCGAAAGAUUCUGGAAGUUACAAGAAUUUGGCUGUUGAAAGUGAGCCCCUUAAUUAUAUUAAUCUUAAUGGGUGGGUCUCCUAUUUUGACACAGAAGUGCCUCGGGCACAGUUUGAUUCUCAAGGAUCAAGCAGUAAUAGCAAUGUCGUCAGCAAUGUUGACACUUUUGGAACCGGAAUCAAAUUAAGGGCUCGCCAACCUCGUGAUCAAACUAGUUCCAAAAACUUUGGGUCACAGGGUAAUGCACGAAGAAGAAACAGGCUGCAGAAGAAACUUCAAGAUCCAUCCUUGUACCAGAGCAAUUUUACAGAUUUGAGCUACAACGAAGAAAACCAUGAAGCUAAGGCUGAAGGAGCUGAAGAAGAGCAUAGUGUCACUGCUGAUCCUGAUGCUAUCAUAGAUGAAACCCAGGAUACAUCCCUUUCCAAGUCCAGUGAUGUCACAAAAGUUGCUCAAGAAUUGGCUUGGAACAUGAAAUCAAGAAGUGAUUUUCCAAGAAGUGGUGACGAAGAGGUUCCUUCUGCGUCUUUGAAAGCUCCUCCUGCAUUGUUCUUCUUUUUCUCAUCUAUGCAUAUGCUUGGGGUACUUUUUGGCCGUGUUGUCCAUUGUUUCUGUGGGUUUAUGGAGAUGCGUUGAGUUUUGAAGUUGAUCAGAGAAAUUGGCCCAUAGUUAAUGUUCUAAUCAGGCAACCGGGAUAAGACAGAUAGGACGUUCAUUUUGUUUAUGCUUAUAUAUAUAUAUAUAUUUUCUUCCUAUGCAGUCUUUUAACUUUGUAUAUACAACAGCAGUUGGACUUGUACGUCUGUAGAAUUUUGAAAUGGAAAUGAUGUAGAAGUAUUUAGGUUA